CCAUAGGAACCUUCAUUAACACCGUCUGAUGUGAACACUGGUAACCCACUUCAAUUCCUAAACACUAUAUAAACCUUUGCCUACACACAUUAAAAUUGUACCCAAAAACAUCUUCAAACAAUUCUCAAAACACACCUAACUCUCAUUUUUUCAUUCUUUCAUUUCUUAAAGUUCUAACUUUCGACUUUGAAACUAAGAACCCCUUGAGCUCGGAAAAUGGAGGUUCUAUCGAGAAUCGCAAGCAACGACGGGCAUGGAGAAAACUCUGCCUUUUUCGACGGUUGGAAGGCGUACGACAGUAAUCCUUAUCACCCCACAAAAAACCCAAAUGGGGUUAUUCAGAUGGGAUUAGCAGAAAACCAGCUUUCAUUAGAUUUAGUCCAAGAAUGGGUCAAAAACAACCCAAAGGCCUCAAUCUGCACAGCAGAAGGUGCAAGCGACUUCAAGGAUAUCGCGAUUUUUCAGGAUUAUCAUGGCUUGCCCGAAUUCAGAAAUGCUGUUGCUAGAUUCAUGGAGAGAGUGAGAGGAAACAGGGUCCGAUUUGACCCGGACCGUAUAGUGAUGAGUGGCGGUGCAACGGGUGCUCAAGAGACAUUGGCCUUCUGCUUGGCUGACCCUGGUGAUGCAUUAUUGGUGCCAAUACCAUAUUAUCCAGGCAACGAUCGGGACCUGACAUGGCGAACCGGAAUCCAACUCGUGCCCGUCAAUUGCGAAAGCUCAAACAACUUCAAGAUCACACGCCAAGCCCUCGAGGCCGCUUACAACAAGGCCCGUGAGUCAAACAUCAAAGUCAAAGGCCUCCUCCUCAACAACCCUUCAAACCCCUUAGGCACCAUAAUCGACGGGGACACUCUAACAGAGUCACUCAAAUUCACAAACUCCAAAAAAAUCCACCUCAUCUGCGAUGAGAUCUACUCCGCCACCGUCUUCUCUGAGCCGGGCUUCGUCAGCAUAGCUGAAGUCGUCCAACAGGCCCAACAGACCGAGGAGCCCAUUAAUCUCGAUCUGGUCCACAUCGUCUACAGCCUUUCAAAAGACCUAGGUUUUCCCGGAUUCAGGGUCGGCGUAAUUUACUCUUACAACGACAGGGUCGUUAAUUGCGCCCGAAAAAUGUCGAGCUUCGGGCUCGUGUCAACCCAGACUCAACGCCUCAUAGCGUCUAUGCUGUCAGACGAAGAGUUUGUGGGCCGGUUUCUGUGCGAGAGCGCGAAGAGGCUGAGCGCGAGGCAGAGGGUGCUAACGUUGGGCCUGGCCCAAUUGGGGAUCGGGUGCCUGAAGGGGAAUGCUGGGCUUUUCUGCUGGAUGGAUCUGAGGGGCCUGCUGAGGGAGCCCACUUUCGAGGCCGAGAUGGAGCUUUGGCGCGUGAUUGUCAAUGAUGUGAAGAUAAACGUGUCGCCGGGGGCUUCUUUUCACUGCCCGGAGGCUGGGUGGUUUCGAGUGUGUUUCGCGAACAUGGAUGAUGCGAUGUUGGCGGUGGCCUUGGGCCGGAUAAGGAAGUUUGUGGGCCAGUCUAGGCCCAUGGGGAAGAAGAUGGGCCGGAAGCUUGAAAUUAGCCUGUCAUCACGUAGGCUGGAAGAGAUCAUGAUGGCCGGUAGUGGUGGGGCCCACAAGAUGUCGCCGCAUUCGCCUAUCCCGUCCCCACUCGUCCGGGCAAGGACUUAAACACGGGUUCUACCGAAUUAAUUUAAUUUAAUUGCUAUUUUUUAGCUUCCUCUGGGUGGGAAUAGGAUGGUUUUUACCUGUCCCGUUAGAUGCUAAAAAGGAAGCAAUUUCUUCAUUUUUUUUUAUAUAUUUUUGUGAAUUCUGAUGAUAAUCUAAGUCGUGUUUACUGUUUAGGGGUAAAGAGUGCAUUUUUGCCCAUGUUACUGGUGCAAAAUUAGAUUCAGUGACAUGGGAUUUAUCAGGGCAUGCACUGGUUUAUCUACUAU